UUGGACACAUAGAACGGAGCUAUUGCUCUCAUCCUCAGUUCACAUACACCCGAGGACACUUCACCUGCCUUUGUGACGCACAAAUCUUGUUCAGUUUUGUUCACUCUCCCUGUCAGGGGGCCUGAUGUCCUGGAGAUGGCAGACCUGCCCCACAGAUGCCAUGGAAACUCUCCCCAAAGACGGGCAGCAUUGUUGCCACAGCUUUGCAUUAAUGGCUUCUGGGAGAUGAAAAACGAGUCCGGCCAGUUUUGCCAUAGAGAAACUAGAGUGGCAGCACCAUCGUCUGAGAAACAACCAGGUCAACCUGUAACAAGUGUAGUCACUUUCCUCAGGAGAAUAAGGGUUCACCCAGAAGCCCAGAGGAUUCUGGGUAAUUCCUGCAUACCUGCUGUGAGCCUGGAGCGCCUGGACCUCCGGUCUGUGUGUUUGGCAUCGCUGCAGCCUGUGGUGUCUCUGGUGCGACUGCCAUGCCAAACACAAGCAGAGCUCCACACUAACGUCUCUUUGACUCGCCCUCAACAGAAUGGAAUUCAAAAUGAGCCGGAUAUAUUAGAGAUCAGAGAGGAUCUAGCUGAGGCGACACCGGCUGAGUUAUCUGAUCACAGUCAACCAGAAACAACAUCAAUAUCCUGGACAGAACCAUAUUCUCCUGACAGUUGCCCCUCUGAAGAACCUGAGCAGGACUCAGGCUUUGACUGUGAAUCAAAUCCGGAUCAGCCUUACAUCCUGUUUGACUGCGGCUCUGAUGAAUGGCAACUGGAUGGAAAAAUGGAUUCUGAAACAUUUUAUUUGGAUCCAGAUCUGGAACAGACCAUGGUGAUCCAAGUGGAUCCAGAACCAGACACAGAUCUGAAUCACUCCCUGCAGCUUGAGGACGAGACUGAAACUAAAUGUGGAGUGGAUGUGGUUCAAACGGGGGACAGUGAGGAACAAAGAGCGGAUGUUUGCUGCCAACAGGAGGAGGCCGACUUGUCCUUCCGUCAGCCUGAACAUGGAGAUGUCACCAUGGAGGUGGAAAGUGAAGAUUUCUGUGCUGUUUGUCUGAACGGAGGAGAUCUGCUCUGCUGCGAUCGCUGCCCUAAAGUUUACCACUUGGCCUGCCAUGUACCCCCUCUCAUCAGCUCCCCACUAGGUGACUGGGAGUGCACAUUGUGCAGAUCUGACCAGGAGCCUGCAGAAGCCUACGACUGUGAGAACAUGCAGUUCUAUGGUGGAGUCAAAGCUCCGUACACUUUGUCCAACCAGGACCAGAGGAGAUGUGAGAAGCUGACUCUGCUGUUGUACUGUCACCUGCUCAGCGCUCCAUUUCAUGAACCUGUCAGCCCUCUG